GACAUUAAUCUGAAGUGGUGUCAUGAAGAGAUGUGGUGACUGUUGGCUAAUGUCUGCCUUUUUUCUUUCUUUUUUCCAGGAGAAUGGACCAAAUGUCAACUGGAAGUUUUUAUAUUAAUACAGUUUGAAAAGGAUUGUUUUCCUAGUAUAUUCACAAAAGCUCAGGAGUAGACGUAUGAACCUGUGACAAACAUUCAUCAUAGAGAUUGAGAACUUGCUCACUCACACACACACAUUCUAUUAUGUAAAUGUAUUUGCAUUUUAAAAGCAGAUUUUUUUGUUCAAAAGGAACUAUUGCACGUAUUUUAAAAAUAUAUUUACUUAAUUUUAUAGACAUUUGUUAAUGGGACUUAAAUGUUCUGAAAAUGUUGUAUUAAUAAAUAUAAUUUACAACAGCAAUGACAUUUGUGUUAUCCUUUUGCAUUACACCAUACUGUUAAUUUUGAACAGACAGUGUGUUUACUUUGAAUUAAUUCAUUUAGAUUAAUGUAUAUUUCCAUCGUACGUUAGGUCUUACAUUUUAUUUAGACGUGGUCUUAAAAAGUCUUAAAUUUCACUGGUUUAUUCCUGUUGACACCCUGUUAAAGGUUGUUUUUAAUUUCUAACGUCAACUCUAUCUGCUGCAGGUGAUGCGCUGUGACCAUGGCAACCAGGUGAAGCUCCACGUCAGCGACCUGCGACCCCUUCCCACCUCCUUGAGGGGCUCUCUGGCUCUGGAGUGCACCCUGACUGACAUCAGGCCUGCAGGAGGCCGGCCCACCUGGUCGGCGACGGCCUGCGACUUGAUCUCCUUCUACCUGACCGGAGCCUCGGCUGUACUCACCAUCAAGGAGCUGACGGAGGAGCGCCCGGUGCCCGUCACCCUGCUCCGCUCCAACGAGACGGGAAAGUUAGUCAGCAUGGCCGACUUCCUGGUCAGUGAAGGCCUCGGCCUCCGGGAGAGGAAACCAAGAGUCGUCGUCGUUCAGGAAUCCAAAGGACCUGAAGCGUCUCCAGGGACCCGGUCUGCCGGUUCUGAUGGGGAGCCGGUUCCUCUGGGGUCCCUCGCCCCCCGGCCCAGACCGGCCCCCUGCACCAUCACGUCUGCUGAGAAGGUGGAGACCGGGCCGUACCGCCCCCCCUCUCUGCCGGGCCUCGGCGCCGUCAGCGUGAGGGUCACCGCCGUGGGAGAGGACGGCCUCGUCUACGCCCGCACGCCGGAUGCCGCCGCCGCUGUGUGUGCAGAGGCCGUCUGGCGGCGCCUCGGGGAACGCCUCCAGCAGAGCAUGAAGACGCUGCCCCGCCAGAGGCCCUACACCUGGAGGACGGUGCAGGGCCUCGCCGUCAGGGGGCCCGACAUGCUGUGGUACCGAGGACAGCUGCUGGAGCUGCUGGGGGGCCACGUGAAGGUGCAGUACGUGGACUCUGGCCUGGUGGAGAACAUCCCGGUGGUCCAUGUGUACCCCACCCUGCUGUGUGACGACACGCCCCAGCUGAGUGUGUCCUGCCAGCUGCACGGCAUCCAGCCCGUGGGGGGGCGGUGGCAGUGUGACGCCGUGUCCUUGCUGAGGGAGCUGCUGCUGAGCCGCCGUGUGGACGUGGAGGUCAGG